UUUUUAUUUAUUUAUAUUUAUUGUAUGGAUAUUCGGAUCUGUGAUUCGGAUAUUCUUUAACGCUUUAAUACCAGCACCAGCAUUUUGAACAUAAAUAUACUUAAUUAAUAGUGUUUACCCAAUAGGCGCUGUUUAAUCAUAUAAUUUUGUUUUUAUAUCAUGGUAAACUGUUUUAAAUUUUUUAUCAUAAACACACACAAACGAAGUAGUGGAAUUUGCCCUUUAAUCAAGAUUAAAAAACUUGAAAAAUUGGAUUUUACAUAAUUUAUUAGCCAAAUUAUAACUUUUUUUUCUUAAAAGAUGUCAGUAAAUCGAUUAAUUGGUAGAAUUGCAAUUGUAACAGCUUCUACCGAUGGAAUUGGUUUUGCCAUUGCUCAGCGUUUGGCUCGUGAAGGAGCUAAAGUUAUAAUAAGCAGCAGAAAAGCGAAAAAUGUGGAAGAAGCUACUCAAAAACUAACUAAGGAAGGCCUAAAUGUAACAGGGUUGGUGUGUCACGUUGGGAAAUCAGAGGAUAGAGAAAAACUAUUCAAAGAGGCUUCUAAUCUAGGCGGCUUGGAUAUUUUAGUGUCAAAUGCUGCUGUUAAUCCUGAAGUAGGAGGAGUUCUAGAUUGUUCAGAAAGUUCAUGGGACAAGAUAUUUGAGAUCAACGUUAAAUGUUCAUUUCUCUUAGCCAAAGAAGCUUUACCUUUGUUAAGAAAAAGUAAAGCGGGCAGAAUUAUUUUUAUUUCUUCGAUUGCAGGUUUUCAGCCAAUAGAGGUACUUGGCGCUUACUCUAUAAGUAAAACUGCUUUGUUGGGACUUGUAAAGACAGCUGCUUUACAACUAGCUCCAGAGAAUAUAACAGUUAAUGGAGUUAGUCCCGGUUUAGUUGCUACAAAAUUUAGCAGAGCGAUAACUGAUAAUCCCGCCGCAAGUGAAGCUUCUUUGGCCCAAAUUCCUAUCGGGAGGUUUGCAAAACCAGAUGAUAUAAGUGGAUCAGUUGCAUUUUUAGCAUCCGAUGAUGGUGCUUAUGUAACAGGAGAAAAUAUUGUUGUGGCUGGUGGUAUGGCUUCAAGAUUAUAAUCUUUUUAUAUACAUUAUAAAAUAAAAUUGUGUACAUGUCAAUACAAACUUUAUUAUAGAGACUAAAACAUCCCAUUUGUAAAGAAAUUAUAUUUUACAUAUCGUUUGAUAUAUUAUUAACUUUAACUC